UCAGACUGGUUUGUAAACAAAAGACUUCUAUCCAGCGCAGAAGAGAAGAGCGUUUUCCCCCGUUUUUUUCGUACGAAAACGGCACAUAUUUUACGAUGAGUCUUCAGUGUCGUGUUUGUUUGGACGCGCUGAGCAAUGCUUACUAUCUGUUCGAGGAGACCGGUGGCAUCACACUGGCCGAAAUUAUACAAUUCUGCGCCCAGGUUCAGAUUGCCGAAGAUGAUGGACUGCCAACGUUUAUCUGCCCAGCAUGCUGUGAAGAUGCCCAGCAAGCCUUUGCAUUUAUCCAGAAGGCUCGCCAAUCGGACGAAGAACUACGAGCGUCAAGAAGCAUUACCCAGCAGUCCUUACAGGUCGAUCCCGAAAGUGUGGCAGAAUCGAACGUGGAGAUGCAAGAGUUGGUGGUGGAAUUGCUAAUGGAUUCCGAUGAAAUCCACAACCAACUGCAUCCGGUCGAGUCGCUGGAAGAACACUUUGAUCUGACCAGUGACACAGAGUGUGCCCUUGAUCUGACCAGUGAGCAGAGUGAGGAAAACUUGCCAGAUUUGGAAAUUGUUUCUGCUCUCGCGGACCAGGAUGAGGAAGGGGUCAGCUUAGCGACAAACAACGGCAAUGGUCCGUGCUAUUACUGUUGCCACGAGGACUGUCUGCUAACGUUUCACACAAAGGAGGCGCUGAAACGUCACGCCGGUUUAAACCAUCCAACCGAACAGCACAGUGCGCCGAACGUUGUGCAGCAUCGUUGUGAUAAUUGUGAUCGUGGAUUUGCCAGCGCGGAGGAUCAACGCAUACACCAGACGGCUUUCCACCUCAAACGGACCAUAGUGAGUUCGUCCUGCAAGGGACGUCCAAACACACGCUUUUCCCUGUUCACGGCGACGGAAAAGAAGUGUUGCGAUUGUUUCGCCUCCUUCCCCACGCUAGAGGCACUGCUAAAGCAUGCUGUUCAGCAGCACUCCAUUCGGAAAGCGGUGCACGAUCCCACGCGGCCAGUGCGGUGCGAGGUGUGCUUCAAACUGUUCCGCUGCCGUACGAAGCGUAACUAUCACCAGAGCAUACCGUACAAACCGCUCCGGUACCGGUGUGGCACGUGUGACGCUUGCUUUCGAACCUCCGCACAGCUUGAAACGCACGAAAUCGAACAGCACAGCACGGAACAGAAGUACGUGUGCGGGAAGUGUGGCGCUUGCUUCAAGAGCGCCCAAAACCUUAAGAUGCACACACUGUUGCACGAGGAGAAGCGCGAAGUUUGCAAGACGUGCGGGGUACGGUUUCACCGGAAGUCGAACCUGCGCAUCCACGAGCGCGUCCACUCCAACACGUACUACGCGGUGUGUCCACACUGUGACAAGAAGUACAAAACUCAGUCGCAGCUGAAGCAACACCUGAAGGUGCACACGCAGGAACGAUCGCUCGGCUGCCGGUACUGUGCGAAGCGGUUCAUGUACACCAGCGAUCGGAAGCGGCACGAGAUGACGCACACGGGCGAGUAUCCGUUCGUGUGUGGCGGUUGCUCGAGAAAGUUCAGUCGCAAUAGGCUGUACACGCAGCAUGUCGCCGUGUGCAAAGCUGCAGCAAAAGACGAAGCAUAGUGGAGGGAGGUGUACCUAAUGAACCCAGAACCGUGCCAAUAUUGGCUUGCUUUUCAGACCAACACAAUCCAUCUGUAGUUGUACCGAUUUUCGAAUAGUGUACCGAUUUAUAGACAUAGAAGAACGGAAAUGCCCA